GCGCCCAGAAGCCAACCCCUGAGUGCCGAGAGUCUAGCCGGAAGGUCCCACCACAAAAACCCCGGCGCAGCCCCAACACCCAGCUGUCGGUGUCUUUCGAUGAGUCCUGCGGCCCAGCGCCGUCUCCUCGGGGGAACCUGCCGCCGCAGCGCCUCAGCCGGGCUUCUCGAAUCGCAGGGGACCCGGAUGCGGGCGCCCAGGAAGAGGAGCCGGUGUACAUCGAGAUGGUGGGGGAUGUCUUUCGCGGCGGAGGCCGGGGUGGAGGCGGCCUGGCGGGCCCCCCUCUUGGCGGUGGAGGCCCAACGCCUCCAGCCGGUGCCGAUUCGGACUCUGAGGACAGCGAGGCCAUCUACGAGGAGAUGAAGUACCCCUUGCCCGAAGAGGCCGGGGAGGGCCGGGCCGGCGGGCCGCCCCCGCUGGUGGCCCCGCCACAGCAGCUGCACGCCCUCCCCCACCGCCGCCCCGCUUCGGCCCUCCCCGGCCGGAGGGACGGGAUGCCCACCAAGGCCACCCCGUGCGACAUCCCCCCGCCCUUCCCCAACCUCCUCCAGCACCGGCCUCCUCUCCUGGCCUUCCCUCCGGCCAAGUCCGCUUCGCGCGCCCCCGGCGAGGGGGGCUCCAGGCUGCCGGUCCUCUGCCACCCCAAGGAGCCGGCCGCCCCCACCCCAGCUCCCCAAGUGCCUGCACGAGAGCGGGAGACGCCUCCCCUGCCGCCUCCGGCUGCCAACCUGCUGCUGCUCGGCCCGUCGGGCCGGGCCCGGAGCCACUCCACGCCGCUGCCACCCCCGGGCUCCGGCCAGCCCCGCGGGGAGCGGGAGCUCCCCAACUCUCACAGCAUGAUCUGCCCCAAGGCCGCGGGGGUGCCGGCAGCCCACCCCGCCUCAGCUGCCUUGCUCCCCGGCCCGCCCAAGGACAAGGCCGUGUCGUACACGAUGGUGUAUUCUGCGGUCAAGGUGACCACGCACUCGGUCCUGCCGGCCGGGCCGCCCCUGGGGGUCGGGGAGCCGAAGACGGAGGAGAUCUCGGUUCUUCACGGGAUGCUGUGCGCCAGUUCGAGGCCCCCUGUCCCGGGGAAGGCCAGCCCCCACGGGGCGGCCGUGGGUUCGGCCGCCGGCGUCCUCCACCACCGCAGCUGCCUGGCCUCCCCGCACGGCCUUCCGGAUCCCGCCGCAGGCCCCCUGGCCCCCCUCUGGACCUACCCAGCCACGGCAGCUGGGCUCAGGAGACCCCCCGCCUAUGACAGUCUCAAGGCUGGGGGGGUGCUCCACAAGGGCUGCGGAGUGGGGGCGCCGUCCCCCAUGGUCAAGAUCCAGCUGCAAGAGCAAGGGACUGACGGGGGCGCCUUUGCCAGCAUCUCCUGCGCCCAGGUCAUCGCCAGCUCGGGGACGCCGGAAGAGGAAGAAGAGAUGGGCGCCGCCUUUGGGGCAGGCUGGGCCCUGCAGAGAAAAGUCCUGUAUGGAGGGAGGAAAGCAAAGGAACCGGACACAGAAGAGGAUGGUGCCCGGGCCUGGAAUGGCAGUACGGAAGGUCCAGGCAAAGCAGAGCAUGAGGACAGGGUCCCUGUGGCAUCAGGGAUUCCUGUGAGAAGCCAGGGGGCAGAGGGUCUGCUGGCCAGGAUCCACCAUGAUCGAGGAGGGAGCCGCACAGCGCUGCCGGUCCCUUGCCAGACUUUCCCGGCCUGCCACCGGAAUGGAGAUUUCACAGGCGGGUACCGCCUGGGCCGCUCUGCCUCCACCUCUGGAGUCCGUCAGGCUGCGCUCCAUACCCCUCGGCCUUGCAGCCAGCCCAGGGACGCCCUGAGCCAGACCCACCCCGCGCUGCCUCUACCCCUCCCGCCCCAGCCGGCCCGGGAGCGCGACGGCAAGCUCUUGGAGGUGAUCGAGCGGAAACGCUGCGUGUGCAAGGAGAUCAAGGCGCGCCACCGGCCCGACCGCGGGCUCUGCAAGCAAGAGAGCAUGCCCAUCCUGCCCAGCUGGCGGCGGGGCCCCGAGCCCCGCAAGUCCGGCACCCCGCCCUGCCGCCGGCAGCACACGGUGCUGUGGGACACGGCCAUCUGAGGACGCGGCGGGGGCACCCGGACGGGGCGGCCCGGGCGGCCGAGGAGCAGGGGCUGGAGAGGGUCCGCGCGAGGCCCGCGGCGGCGGAGGGUCCACUCGAGCGCGCGGGCCCCGCAGCGAGGGCCGGGGUGGAGGGACGGGUUUGGCGGAGCCGGGUGGGGCGCGCGGUCGGCGGGAGCCGCGGGGAAGGAAGGCAGCGCUCACUGAGCCAGGGGAGCGGGGCAGGGUUUUUAUUUUGGUAUUUAUUUCGGCCCGGAGGGCACGCCUGGGCCCUGCUGAGCGGCCCGGCAGCGACCGAAUCCGGGAGCAGUGUGGUCUGCUGUAAAACAGCGUGUCCUUUAGUUCUGGGGUGAGGGUCUAGCCAGGGACGGGUGGGUGCCGGGAGAGGGGAGCGAGCGGGCGGCGGGGAGCGGGGUAUUUAUGGAAAUAAUUUAAAGAAGAGCUGUCAGGAACUUUUUUUAAAUUCCUUUCUUUUCAGAACAAUAUAUUAAAAGACUCAUGAU